CGAGCGCCUUCCCUGCCCGUUCCCCGCAUGGCUCCAGCGGCGGCCCAGGCGGGCCAGCAGUACUUCCGCUCGGACAGCAGCGACUCGGCCGCCUACAUGCUGGGCAGCCCGAGCGGCUCCGAGGCCGAGCCGCCCGCCCGGCCCGAGAAGCGCCGCCGCCGCAAGCGCUGCAGCCCGGUCUGGCUGGCCGUGGCCGCCAUGGGCAUCGUGGCGCUGCAGAUCGCCUCGGCCACCGGCCUCUUCGUCUACUUCACCAUGUCCAUCGCCAAGCUGAAGGCCCAAACGCAGGGCACCUCGGAGGAGCUGAGGUGCCUCCAGCUGCUCAACCGGCUGCAGGAGCUCUCGGAGCUGGAGGAGCUGAUGAGCACCCAGCCGUGCUUCAAGCUGGCCCUGGGCAUCCAGGACUACGUUGCCAUGAUUACCGAAAAUGUCAUCCGAAGGAGCGUCCCGAGCGUCAGUGCCUCUCAGAAGCAGAGGAACUCCAGCUGGCAGCUGGGCAGCCGGCCUUUGGCACAUCUCACCCUGAGGAGGCCGAGCCCUUCCCGGCCAGGAGCCCUGGGACCGGAGUUCCGGGAUCUGCAGCAGUCCUGCCAGCACCCCAUCCGCCACUGGGCCAGCAGGACCAUGCAUGCCCACCUCCAGAACCUCACCUACCAGGAUGGGCAGCUGCAGGUGAGCCAGGCGGGCAAAUACUAUGUCUAUGCCCAGAUCUACUUCCGCUACCCCACCGAGGGGGCCGAUGCCCGCUCCCUGGGCCACCAGCUGGUGCAGUGCAUCAAUCUCCAGAGCGUCUACGGGCAGACCAUCCUUCUGCUGAAGGGCGUGGGCACCAAGUGCUGGCAGCAGGAUGCGGCCUAUGGGCUCCAUGCCCUUUACCAGGGAGGCCUCUUUGACCUCAAAGCUGGCGACAAGCUCUUUGUGUCCGUCUCAUCGCUGGACGUCAACUACGACGAUGAGGCGGGCAGCUAUUUUGGAGCCUUCCGCCUUGACGUGUGACGUUGGGGGACAGUGGCCAAGGGGGCUUCAGGGCCUCACCGUCCCCCCACGCAGAACCCCUGGAGGAUGCCUGGGCCCCCUUAUCACCCUUCCUUCCCCCCGCUAGUAGUAGUGACCAAGCUGGGCCGGAGGCAAAGGCAGGGCGGGGAGGGGGAGCAGGAGGCGGCUGCAGCCCCUCAGGUUGCUGUGAGCUUCCCUUGUGACCGUGUCUCUGAAGCAGCCAGAAAGACGGUGAAGCUGAGCAGGCCGGCCGGCCGGCAACUGCUAGGCUUCUGGCUCUCCUGGACGUGCCCCGUGACUGCGGCUGGAGACCCUCCUCUGCAUCCCUACACACAACCAUCGCCCCACUGCCUGCCCUCUUCCAGUCAUUCCAGCUGAGAAAUGUGGGGCUCCCUCCUGCCCAAGAGAGCCACUUCUGGGCACACGCCUGCACACCUGCGACCUGUUCCUGGGCCUGGAGGAAGCUGAGCGGCUCGCACACCCAGUGGCAGUUCACAAGUCUUACUGCCAGGACACGAAUGUAGGUCAGUGGGUCCCCCGACUGAGCGAGCCCCCCCAGGGACACACGGGGCACACCUUCCCGCUGCCUCUCCCUACACAGGCGUUGGGUGUGACCCGGAACGGCAUUAGCCCUCAGCAUAUGCCCUAGCCAAAGCCGGGAGCGGCCGGGAGCAACCCAUCCCUGUGCCAGAAGCCCAAACAGCUCCUUAGCCCUUCCUUGGGGGGGGGGGGGGGGCUGGUCUUCGGGCCUUGAACCCUUCUGGGAAUUGGCCUUUUUCUCUCGGCUGGUUUCCUCCAGGGAUUCCCCAGGCCGAGUUGCCUCAGGGGCUGCUUCUCCCACAGGACCAGAGGCUUUUGCUGCUUUGUGGCUUAGCAUUUUGCAUGGCCCCCCCCCAAAUUGGUCAGUGCCUGGUUCAGUGCACCGCAUGCCCCUUGACCGUGGCUUAAUUC